AUGGGCGUAAUACGGAAGAAGACCGCCUCGCGCGGUACCGAGGCUGGCACCAAGUAUCACUGUGAUAUUUGUACGGUGGAUGUGACAUCUACUGUUCGCAUCUCAUGCGCACACCCCGCCUGUCCCGAAUACGACCUCUGCGUUCCCUGCUUCGCGGCAGGUGAAAAGUCCAAGAACCAUGACCCGAGCACGCAUCCCUACCAAGUAAUCGAACAGAACUCCGUUCCAAUUUUCGACGAGGAAUGGGGCGCAGACGAGGAAUUGCUCCUGUUGGAGGGCGCGGAGAUCUACGGUCUAGGCUCUUGGGCAGACAUCGCGGACCACAUUGGAAGCUUUCGCACCAAGGAUGAAGUGCGAGACCACUACAUCAACAACUACGUGGACAGUCCGCACUUCCCAUUACCCGCGAAUGCGGAUCCAGAUGACACGACUCUGCCCGAUUCCAUCUCGAAAGAGGAGUUCCAGGCGCGCAAGAAGCGGCGAAUCGAGGAGCGCAAGGAGAAUGCCAAGUCAGCGGUUCCUACGACACCUAAACAGAAGCCGACAGCAAGUGUGCCGGCUUGUCACGAAGUGCAGGGAUACAUGCCUGGGCGAUUGGAGUUCGAGACGGAGUUCGUGAACGAUGCGGAAGAAGCGGUGCAGCACAUGUCGUUCGAACCCGGGGCAGGCAUCCUGCCAAACGGCGAGAACGACGCAGAAAUGGAACUGAAAAUGACCGUGGUCGACAUCUACAACUCGCGCCUCACAGCCCGAACAGAGCGCAAGAAGAUCCUCUUCGAGCACAACCUCCUCGAUUACCGCAAAAACACCGCUCUAGAAAAGAAACGCACGAAAGAAGAACGCGACCUCCUCAACAAAGCCAAACCUUUCGCGCGAAUGAUGAACCGCGACGACUUCGAAGAACUCAAUAAGGGCCUCGAAUACGAACACAACCUCCGCCUUGCUAUCUCCCAACUCCAAGAAUGGCGUCAAAUGGGCAUAACGGAUCUCAAAAGCGGCGAGAAAUACGAAACAGAAAAACAACAGCGGUUACAGCGCCUCAUGCCCCAAGGCUCCUUCGAUCGCUUCGCCAGCACCCGUCCAACAAAACAGGCCCAACAACCCGAACACCCGACCGCAGCUAGCGCGCUCACAACACCAGAACUACCCCUCCGACUCCAGAAAGCGGCUGCCCCUCCCCAAACCCCAAGCAAACAGCAAUCACAACCAGACCAGCAACAACAGCAACAAUCAACCAACGAACCCCUGAACGACUUUGACCGCGCCUUCGCUGCCAACGGCGACACGGGCACGCCCCAGUCCCAAUCCCAACAAGGGCAACAACCUCAACAACCACCCCCGAAGACCAAAUUUGUCAUCCAACCCCUAACAGGCGUGACACCAUGGAAACUCGAAACUGAGGGCGCGCCAGAUCUUCACCUCCUAACCAAAGAAGAGAUAGAAGUUUGCAACGUCCUGCAUAUCCAGCCAAAGCCGUACCUGGUUGUUAAGGAGACGUUGUUGAAGGAGGCGAUGAAGCAGGGUGGGGGCUUGAAGAGGAAGGAUGCGAAGGCUGCUUGUAAGAUCGAUACGACUAAAACGAGUCGGGUAUACGAUUUUAUGGUGCACAGUGGGUGGAUCAAUAAGGCAUAG